CCAGAUUCUGUUACCAAAGAGACCUUCCCAAAGCUCUUAGAGCAAUGGAUACAUUGCAAAGUCAUGGUCUUUGGGCAGACUCUGCAACAUACUCUGAGCUCAUCAAAUGUUGCAUGUCUCAAAGAGCUGUUCACGAAGGGAAUCUCAUUCGUCGUCACUUAUACUUCAAUGGGCAUCAGCCAAUGCUCUUUCUUGCUAAUGUUCUAAUCAAUAUGUAUGUAAAAUUCAAUCAUUUGACUGAUGCUCACAAGGUGUUCGAUAAAAUGCCUGUGAGAAACGUUGUUUCUUGGACUACUAUGAUCUCUGCUUACUCUAAGUGCAAACAGCAGCAAAUGGCUUUGGAGCUUUUGGUUUUGAUGUUAAAAGAAGGUGUGAGACCAAACGUGUAUACUUACUCCUCUGUUUUGAGAUCCUGCAAGGAGAUGUCUGAUGUAAGAAUGCUUCAUUGUGGGAUUAUCAAGGAAGGUCUUGAGUCUGAUGUUUUUGUUAGGAGUGCUUUGAUUGAUGUGUUUGCUAAGCUUGGUGAGCCUGAGGAUUCUCUUUUGGUCUUCGAUGAGAUGGUUACUGGUGAUGCCAUUGUUUGGAACUCCAUCAUUGGUGGGUUUGCUCAGAACAGUAAAAAUGAUGAAGCCAUGAAGCUUUUCAAGAGGAUGAAGAGAGCUGGCUUCACUGCUGAGCAGGCUACGUUGACUAGCGUCUUGAGGGCCUGUACUGGUUUGACUCUGUUGGAGCUUGGGAUGCAAGCUCAUGUUCAUAUAGUGAAGUAUGACCAAGACUUGAUACUCAACAACGCGCUUGUGGACAUGUAUUGCAAGUGUGGGAGCUUGGAGGAUGCUCGCCGUGUGUUCAACGGGAUGAAGGAGAGAGAUGUGAUUACAUGGAGCACAAUGAUCUCAGGGCUGGCUCAAAAUGGUUAUAGCCAGGAGGCAUUGAAGCUGUUUGAGUCCAUGAAAGCUUCUGGGACCAAACCAAACUACAUUACCAUUGUUGGUGUUCUGUUUGCUUGCAGCCACGCAGGGCUACUUGAAGAUGGUUGGUACUACUUCAGAUCGAUGAAGAAGCUUUACGGAAUCGAACCAGUGAGGGAACAUUAUGGUUGCAUGAUUGAUCUGUUAGGAAAAGCUGGAAAGCUGGAGGAUGCAGUGAAGCUGUUGAAUGAAAUGGAGUGUGAGCCAGAUGCUGUCACUUGGAGAACACUUCUUGGUGCUUGUAGGGUUCAAGGAAACAUGGUGCUAGCUGAAUAUGCAGCUAAAAAGGUCAUAGAACUCGAUCCGGAUGAUGCAGGGACUUACACAGUGUUGUCUAACAUAUAUGCAAACUCUCAAAAGUGGGAUAGUGUUGAAGAGAUCAGGACACAGAUGAGAGACAGAGGAAUCAAGAAAGAACCUGGAUGUAGCUGGAUUGAAGUAAACAAAAAGAUUCAUGCGUUCAUCAUUGGAGAUGAAUCUCACCCAAUGAUAGUUGAAGUAAACAAGAAACUAAACCAAUUGAUUGAUAGGAUGAUUGGUAUAGGUUAUGUUCCUGAGACGAACUUUGUGUUACAAGAUCUUGAAGGAGAACAGAUGGAGGAUUCUCUAAGACAUCACAGUGAGAAACUUGCUUUGGCUUUUGGAUUGAUAACUUUGCCUUUAGGGAAAGUGAUUAGGAUCAGAAAGAAUCUGAGGAUAUGUGGGGACUGUCAUGUGUUCUUCAAGCUUGCGUCAAAGGUGGAGAAACGUAGUGUGGUUAUAAGAGAUCCAAUACGUUACCAUCAUUUUGAGGAUGGACAAUGCUCCUGUGGUGACUACUGGUGACAAUCUGAUGUCUUUAUUUAACAUUGCAGUAGAGUGUAAGUUGAUUAAUGAAUCAUAUUCAUCGAUUUGCUUCAUAGAUUUUUG